GUAUGAAUGAAACCAGGCCACACGCUAGUGAGUACGAGACACGCAGUGAACGCCUCGUUGCCUCCCACAGAAACAGACAGGCAGACACACACACACAGUAGGUCACAGCGUCGUGCUAACAAGCGGCACCAGGGAAUGAGCCGAGGUGUGUGCCGCCGUGGUCGUGUGUCUGCUGCGCCGCCGGAACACUUUUCGCCGCCACUUUAAGGGCCUUGUGAGGCUGAGUGUAAGACAACCAUCGAGUUAAUACCCUCACACCUUGAUGAGGAGGUGACGUUGCCGUGGCUCAAGUGACUGUACUGCCACAUCUGAUGGGACACUGACACCAGUAAUACCCUCUUGUCCCUAGUGUGCUGCUCCCCAGUAGUGUUCAUCUCGUGCAGCAAUCCCGGCGGGAGGUGAGGCUGGUGGAAGGCCACACACCACCUCCCAGAUUACCGUCCUUCCCACCCUCGUCCUCGCCGCCAUUCUCAGCCUAUGGGAAUUGUUUUUCUCGAUGUCGCUGGGAGGCUGACGAGACCAUCUUGACGUGGACGCCUCCCCGCGGGCCGGCAGGACACCCCACCCCACACCAAGGAAUCCCCCACCCCCCGCCAGGAGCCCAGAUGACCAGGAUCCUUCAGCUCCUCCUGCGCCUCCUCCUCAUGUGGAGAGGGGUCAAGGGCGCGGCGCUCCCAGUGUUCCCUAGUUUCCUGCCGCCGCUGACCACGACCUUGGUGGGACCAGCUGAGGACCUCACCACCUACCCGGAUCCCAACACAAUCUUUACGCAACAGAACAACACGGAGCUUCGAUCGCAAGUGGGCACAACAGCGGUACUUCACUGUAUAGCGCACAACGUUGGAGAGAACACGGUGUCGUGGAUCAGGCGCCGCGACUACCACCUUCUCACGGUCGGUUCGCAGGCCUACAGCAGCGACGACAGGUUCCAGGUGCGCUACAUCAAGAAUGAAAACGAUUGGCAGCUCCACAUCCGCUACGUGCAGGUGCGGGAUGACGGUGUGUAUGAGUGUCAGGUGUCCUCUCAUCCCCCCAUCAGUUUGUUCGCCACGCUGAGAGUCUUGGAGGCAACGUCGGAGAUCUUGGGUGGGCCUGAGAAGUACAUGACGGUGGGCAGCUCCCUGAGGCUGGUGUGCGUGCUGCGGGACAACACACAGCCGCCCAGCUACGUCUUCUGGUACCACGACGAACAGAUGAUCAACUUUCAUUCUACCAGAGAAGUGAGGGUGGAGAACAACGGGGGCCUGAGCGUUCUCUUCCUGAGUAACGUGAGGCCUGCUGACUCUGGGAACUACACGUGCGCGCCCUCCAACGCACGUCAUUCCUAUAUCAACAUACAUGUGCUGAAAGGUGGCGAGACCCCGGCGGCCAUCCACUCGGGGACCGUCACACUCUCCUGCCCCGUCCUGCUCCUCCUGCUGCUGCUGUGGCUGGGCUGCGGACACUUCACCCUCACCUCCUGUGCCACGACUGUAGAAGGUCGCGGCGUUGGCUUGGCAGUGACCUAAAUCCAAGCUUCAGUAAUGACAAAGAAAAACAGACAAACAGCAGGUGGUGUCCCCGCUUCACCUGGGUUGCUUCUGCCCGGGGACACUCAAGAAUCCUGUCAUCUUGAACACCACCUGCCCAGCGUCCCUCCAGACACACCUCACCAUCUCACUCACUCCACACCAGUCCAGUAUUUUGAUAGAGCCGCGUGUCAGGUACAAGGUGGCGGGUUGGAGCCUGUGGAUGACUGAGAGCAAGGUGGCUGUGGUGGUGGUGGGUGGAUGAGUGUCGCGUAGUGGUGGUGCUGGGUGGCGGUUUGUGUGUGUGUGUGUGUGUGUGUGUGUGUGUUUAUAUAGAGGGUGAAAAAGGUGGCCCAUUUCGACGUCUCUGUUCGUUAGUUAUAAUUUGAUUGUAUCAUUUAGAGGUGAAUUAGUAAAACAGUUGACUUGCUGAAUAAAAUCAACUUUUUUUUCAAAUUAAGUAUGGAUGAGUCACUGACAAAAAGACGUCCUACUUUAUAUUUUACUAAUACUUAUAUGAAUGCACUUUUAAUAGGAAGGAGUAGAUGGACAUCACAAUUUGAGUGUAUGGAAAGGGAAAAUUACCGUGAGUGUGUGUGUGUGUGUGUGUGUGUGUGUGUGUGUGUGUGUGUGUGUGUGUGUGUGUGUGUGUGUGUGUGUGUGUGUGUGCGUGUGUGUGUGAAGAGCGCCCGCCACCAAGGUAUGAGUAGCGACCUGUAACUAAAUAACAGGUAAAUCUGACUAAUCAAUCCUCACCUGAGUGUAGCCAAAAGAGACAAACAAGUAACCGCCUCAUCGCAUUACCUGUGAGGUGUCUAGAGGGGAGGGAGGGACUGGAAUUGAGUUCUUUGUUUUAAAUCUAGAAGUGUAAGAUUUGUAUACUCAUGGAAUUUAUAUACGCACCUGUGUUUGUAUUUUGUGUGUGUGUGUGUGUGUGUGUGUGUGUGUGUGUGUGUGUGUGUGUGUGUGUGUGUGUGUGUGUGUGUGUGUGUGUGUGCGUGUGUAAGUGUA